AUGGAGGAUGAGCACAAACUCAAAUCAACUCCGUUCACCAUGACAGACCCACAUUUUGUCAAAAGUACAAAGAAGGGCAUCAUGCCUACACCUAAAAGACUGCGAGAUCUUAUACGAGAGAUCCGAGCGGCCAGAACUGCUGCAGAUGAGAGAUCAGUUGUUAACAAAGAAUGUGCUGACAUACGUCAAACAUUCAGAGAGGAGGAUAACACAUACAGAUGCCGCAAUGUAGCCAAAUUAUUGUACAUACACAUGCUAGGAUUUCCUGCACAUUUUGGCCAGUUGGAAUGUUUGAAGCUGAUUGCGUCUCCACGGUUCACUGAUAAGAGAAUAGGAUACCUUGGUGGGAUGUUAUUACUGGAUGAGAGGCAGGAUGUUCAUUUAUUGGUCACAAACUCACUCAAAAAUGACCUAAAUCACCAGACACAGUACAUAGUGAGCUUGGCUCUUUGUACAUUAGGCGCUAUCUGUUCAUGUGAGAUGAGUCGAGAUCUGGCUGGAGAAGUAGAAAAAUUACUAAAAUCAUCAAAUGCUUACAUAAAGAAAAAGGCUGCACUUUGUGCUGUUCGCAUCAUCAGAAAGGUGCCAGAUCUAAUGGAGAUGUUCAUUCCUGCAACCAGGGCACUGCUCAAUGAGAAAAAUCAUGGUGUUUUGCUAACAGCAGUUGCGCUUAUCAUAGAAAUGUGUGAAAAAAGUCCAGACACUCUGAACCAUUUUAGAAGGUUGGUGCCCAAGAUAAUAAGGAUCCUAAAAAACCUGAUAAUGUCUGGUUACUCGCCGCAACACGACGUCAAUGGCGUAUCAGAUCCUUUUCUACAAGUCAAAAUUCUGCGGUUGCUCCGAUUACUCGGCAAAGGAGACAUGGAAGCUAGUGAGACUAUGAAUGAUAUCUUGGCACAGGUGGCCACUAAUACAGAAACCAGCAAAAAUGUGGGUAAUUCCAUCUUAUAUGAAACUGUCAUGACUAUAAUGGACAUUAAAUCUGAAAGUGGACUAAGGGUGUUAGCAGUUAAUAUACUAGGACGUUUCCUGCUAAAUAAUGACAAAAACAUUCGCUAUGUGGCUCUAAACACACUUCUUCGUGUUGUAAAUGCAGACUAUAAUGCUGUCCAACGACACAGAAGUACAAUAGUAGAUUGUCUAAAGGACCCAGAUUCUUCUAUUAAAAAACGUGCAAUGGAACUGUGCUUUGCAUUGAUAAACUCAAACAAUGUGCGAAGCAUGAUGAAAGAACUUGUAGUAUUCAUGGAGAAGGCAGAACCUGACUUCAAAACAGAAUGCUCAUCUAACAUAGUCACUUCAGCAGAAAAAUACAGUCCCAAUAAACGAUGGCACAUAGACACAGUCAUGAAAGUACUAACCACAGCUGGAAACAACAUAAGAGAUGAUGUGGUGUCUCAACUGAUCCAACUUAUCCAAGCCUCUUCACAAUUACAUGCAUACGCAGUACAGAAACUUUACAUUUGCACUACAACAGACCUCCACCAACAGCCACUGGUACAGGUUGCCUCUUGGUGCUUAGGAGAAUAUGGAGACCUGGCAUUUGUAGCUGUGGAAGACGAGGAACCUUUAGAUAUCACAGAAGCAGAUGUAGUUGAACUUCUAGAGAAGAUUCUUCAAACCAAUUACAGCAGUGUAGUUACAAAGGAGUAUGCUAUCAAUGCAUUAAUGAAACUCAGCACAAGGCUUCCCUCUCAAACUAAACGAAUACAAAGUGUUUUAUCUAUUUAUGGUAGUAGUAUGGACUUAGAGCUUCAACAGAGGGCUGUGGAAUAUAGUGCACUAUUUACGAAACAUGAUCAAAUGAGGUCUGGACUGUUGGAGAAAAUGCCCCUACAAGAGGCCAAGGUUACCAAUGGUGAUGACAUGACUAAUGGGGAUGCCCUCCUAGAUGAAUUAGAAGACAAUAAUGACACCUCUAACAAUAUACAGAAGAUUGAACCCAGAAAAACUGAGAGUCAGAAUAUCUUAGAUCUGUUAGGGGAUGGUAAUGAGCCUCUAGCUCCUGUUAUAAGCAACUCUAAGCCAUCAAAAGAUACUAGUGGUGGAGGUGCCCUACUAGACCUACUGGGUGACCUGGAUAUGUCAAGUCCUGCUGGAGGACCCCCACCCCUGAUGGCCAAUCCCAUGCUUGACAGCCCCCUAGACUCCAUGAUGCUAAUAGGUGGCGACUCCAGCACAAGCCCUGUAAAUAAUAGCCUUGAUGAAGCCCCCGCCUAUCCCCCAGUGACAGCCUUCGAGAAGAAUGGCUUAAAGAUAGAGUUCAACUUUAAACGAGAUGGCGAACAAAUCCAAGUGCACCUCGCAUCAACCAACUCUACUUUCUCCGACAUGGAGAACUUUGUGUUCCAAGCUGCAGUACCCAAAUCAUUCCAGUUACAACUGGAACCCCCAUCCGCUAGUACAAUACCAGCCAACAAUGCUGGUGCCGUAACGCAAGUCAUCAAAAUCAACAAUCCACAAAAGCAAGCCAUCCGAAUGCGGUUACGAAUGACUUAUACAACAAAUGGUUCUCCUGUAACUGAACAAGGCGAAGUUAGUAAUUUCCCCAACAACCUAUGGCAAUAGCACCUAUAGCCCCUCCAAGGGGUAUCUACACAAACAUUUAGGAUAUACAAUUUUUUACUAUAACAUGAACCUGAAGUGGAGUAUUAGGUUAAU